CAUUGGGCAGCGUCCAAGUUUUCUUGUUUUUCUCUUCCGGUUCCAAGAAUGACGAUCUCCCCGGCUGUUCCGUUCCUUCGGAUUUUUUCGAUCGGGGUGCUGACGACAAGUGUUCUGUUGGCUCGCGAAUGCUCCUCUUUUUCACCGAGUCAAACACCCGAUGUCUCUCGAUCGCAGUCGGCAUCUUCCUUUGUCUUCGCCGCGACACCGGUAAGCGAGGUCGACAGCGAUAAUCUCGCGUCGUCGUCACCUUUGAGGGGAUUGUUCCCUGACGAUCUCUUUGAGGCGGCCGAGUCAGCAUGUGUCCCCACAUCAGCCGAUAUCGAAGCGGGAGGUGGAGUUCGGUACGAAUGGGGUCGAUGGGUUGACGACGACGCCAUUGCGACUCUUAUGGAAAAAAUGAACGAAAUGGAAAUACCACUGGCAUCGAGCGUCUACGACCGUUUGCUGGAGCUUCCAAMGUCGACCUCGUCGGUUCCCGAAGCAGAGGACGAGAACGCCGCUGCCGAAGAUUCGGACGAUGAAGGCGAUCAGAGAGAGGACACGAGAAGGCGUUACCGGGUUGCGGGUGGAGCCAAUUGGGACUGCAUCUUGCAUGUUCUGCCGAAGGAAACGGAAUGGCGCGGUCGAUGGCCGACUGGUUCUUGGGCCGUACUACGAGCUUUGACGGGCAUGACAGAAAUGAGCCUGAUGAGAGGACCCGACCGAGAUGGUUUCUACAAAAAAGCCACUGCAUCGAAACUAAGGGGUGGUGGAGACGGGACACUGGGAGGGGGAAGCGGAGGCAGAGGCGAAGACUGCGUGAAAUACGUGGGAGGUGCCCUUCGGAGCUACUCUGGAUUAGGUGGCAAGACUAUGCUGCUCGAGGUAGCGAUUCGCCCACCCAUGUUCGAGGCGGGGAAAGACGGCGACGGCUUGUCGUCGCUUGACAUCGAACAAUUUCCCCAUGCAGAUCCAGUGAUAACUGAAAUUCUGAACUCGGUGGUAGAAGAAGAUCUCGAUGAGACCGAAUCUGGAGACGAAGAACAAGCAGAGAUUGAUCACCAAGCGGAAGAAGAAGAAGAGGAAGAAUUAAACAAGAAUCUUGGAGCUCAAAUGGGGUUAGCAUUUGAGAAAGUGGGUGGUCUAGACGAUCAACUGAAUGAUAUUGUCCGACGGGUGUUGGCAUCAAGGUGAGUGGUUCAAAACGAUUGAGCAAAAAGCGAAUCAUGGAUGAAAUGAAAACUAAUAACUUUUAUCCAUAUCACAUAAAUUACAUCGCGAUUGCAGAGCCAAUCCAGAAAUGACCAGAAAACUGGGAGUCAAGCACGUCAGAGGUAUUCUCUUAUCAGGCCCCCCUGGUUGCGGAAAGACUCUUCUGGCACGAGAACUCAGUGCUAUGCUGGGAGCCCGAGAACCGCAAAUUGUUAAUGGGCCUGAGAUUCUCGACAAAUUUGUAGGAGAAGCAGAGAAAAAUGUUCGAGCAUUGUUUCGACCUGCUGAGGUCGAGUACGAUCAGGUUGGAGAUGCAUCGGCAUUGCACGUCAUCAUUCUGGACGAGCUGGAUGCCAUCGCAAGGCGCCGUGGAAGUGUGAGCGGCGAUAGCACGGGAGUUAGAGAUUCUGUUGUGAACCAACUUUUGUCCAAAAUGGAUGGUGUGAAAGAAGCCAACAAUAUUCUAGUGAUAGGUCUGACCAAUAGACCUGAAUUAUUGGACCCUGCCUUGACUCGUCCGGGUCGAUUAGAGGUACAACUCCGCGUCGAACUUCCAGAUAUCAAAGGCCGAAGAGAUAUCCUUCGCAUUCAUACCCGACAUAUGAAGAAAGAGGGUGGAUUAGACUCAAAAGCACAAGCAGCUUUGGAGAAUAUCGAGACGGAAGACGGCAUACCAGCUAAAACAGAGUACUUCACCGGAGCAGAAUUGGCUGGUUUGGUCCGCAGUGCAGCUAGCUUCGCAAUUGCUCGAGUGGUUGACGACAACUACGAUGGAGAUAUGAUGGUCGGGAUUGAUGACUUCAAUCAGGCUCUAAGUGAAGUGAGACCAGCAUUGGGAAAGCAAGACGAAAUACUUGAAUCUAGAUUCCCCUACGGUAUAAGCGCAUGCUCUGGUGCCAUGCAGAGAUUGAUGCGGGAUCUGGGGCGAUUCACUUCUACUCCAAGCUAUCUUGCUGAGGAAGGUCUCUCUGCUGUAUAUGACACCAACAGAGCCGAGUCACAAAAACCCAUGUCUACUCUGCAAUCUUUGCUAUUGGUUGGUGAUGGACACAAAGGCGGCACAGGCGCCACGGCUCUGGCAUGUUGGGCAGCUUCCGAAGCAUCCGCAAACGGUGAAGCAGAAUAUGUCCGUUUAGUCACCUCGCUGGAUCUCUUGGUUACUGCUGGAGAUUCUGGUGACGAGUCGGCAAGAGCUACAGCCAUGGUAGAACGCUUCACAGAAGCUGCGUCUAUGUCUAGAUCAUUAUUGGUUUUUGAUGAUAUUGAUCAGAUAUGUGCUGGCCAAGGUCCAGGAGGUUAUAGUACACUGAUGAUAUCCACAUUGCGGGCCCUGCUUCGUUCCCCCGCUGCUCGGUCAACGAAGGUUUCAUCGGACAGUAUCGAUCUCAACAGCGACAUCGUGGAAUCAAUUUCCAAAGCCAAAUCUCUCUCCGUCAUUGCAUGCACAUCUCGAACAGAUGCAAUGUGCACAGUUCUUCACGAGUUGUUCGAUGAAUCGCUUGUAGUUCCCGAAUUAUCUGAUACUGAAUCAGUCCAUCAAUUAUUUUCCGAUGGCGUCCAAAAAAUGGGAGCUGCGUCAACAUCUAUCGAUAAUAAAGUGAUACACGAGAUGGCAGAAUUGACGGUGAACCGCCUUCAAACAGUAGGGUGCAAAACAGCUCUGAGAAUUUUUGAACGAACUGUUUCUAUGAGCUACCGUACAAUGAGAGCAGAUCAGGAAAGUGAAGACCCGAAUAAAUAUCUUCUGAGCUCAUUGAAAGGUAUACUUGAUGACUACGUUCGUGACAAAGAAGCUGCGGAACGAAUUGUUUGUAACAUAUAAGAUAGACUCUUCUUCGUAUUUGAUGCUGAUUUUCUGACUAUGAUAGCUUACAUGAUGCUUUCUUACCCUUGAACACAACUAAGGUUGACUUUGAGUUCUUUUUUGCACUCAAGUAGUGCUUCUUGCUGUUCUAGUACUAGUAGUAGUAACAUGGCUGUCCAUACUAAGUACCUGCUGAGAGCAGGGAUUGAACAUGAUCUCGGUUAAAACAUUGUCAUACUGCAAUACAUAAUGAAGAAUCAC